AUGCUCAUGCUCAUGCUGAUGAUCUUUGUCUUCGCAGUCUGGUUUACCACCAACGCCACCUUUUACCUACGAGAGUUUGCCGACACUGCAAGUCCGACGUGGUUCGAAGACCUUGGCAAUUCUACUUCGAAAAAUGUCAUCGACAUUCAACGGAACUUCGGUACCUUGCACGCCACCACCUAUUCGCUGCUGCGGUCCAUGCUGGGCGGCAUCAACUGGGGUAUCCUUUGUGACAUGCUGCUGAAGAUGGACACGAUCUCCCCGAUGCUCUUUAUUUUCUACGUCCUUUUCACCAUGCUAGCAGUGCUGAAUAUUGUGACUGGUGUGUUCGUUGACAAUGCUGCGGCGGCGGCAAAAACUCAGCGUGACUAUAUCAUUGAGAAGGAGCGUGAGGUGAAAGAGACGUACAUCAGGGAGCUUCAAAACCUCUUCUGGCAGAUGGACGACGAUGAGUCUGGCACAUUGACCGCAGCAGAGAUGCAACAGCUCGUCAAGGACCCAAAGAUGGCUGCAUACUUCACAGCUUUAGGUUUUGAGCCUCAUGACUGUGUGCGGCUUUUCACCUUGCUGGACACCGAUUCGUCUGGCACGGUUGACAUUGAGGAAUUCUUGGACGGGUGCUUGCGCCUCAAGGGCUUUGCACGAAGUAUCGACGUCCACUUCAUCAUGGUUUUGAUUCAUCGAUUGCAGAAGCAGCUGCUUUCCAGUCACGUGGAGGGUCGGCCAAAAGGAGCGCCGAAGACGAGCUUUUUGGAUCGGAAGAAGCUGUCGCACUUCAAUCCAAAGGUGGCCGAAACAUAG